CCCGGUUGUUCGGAUGAUUACGUUACUCCCGAAAUUAGUUUUAGGUAGGUUAGUGGUUCUUAGUAUAUGGAGUCGUAUAGCCAGACUUUCAAUAGUUUUUGAAAAUAACUGACCGCGUUUAAAAAGAGGCAACACUUUGAAUAUGUAAGUCUAUUUACUAAAAGCUGUUGACUAUAUUUCUUGAACGUAUGACUGUUCAGUCGACGUAGAAAUGAGGCUGAGUAGUACAUAAGUAUGGAUACGGUAGGCAAAUGCUAAAUUACUUAGCCCGAUUCAUACUUUGCAUAGUCCUGCGCAAUUAUGGAUUCAUUUUUAAGGUGUAGAUAACUGUGUGACCCCUCCGUAUGAACUUAAGUCGGCUAUCCCAUCCUCCAUAAACAGAGUUUUUGGCAAUGUACUUUAUAUUGGGCAGGAUAAAUAAUAACAGUUGUUACAGUUUUGCUUCAAAUGUUGUGGAAUUUGUUUGUUCCUCUUUAGAAACAAGUGUAUAUAGCUUCCAACUUGUAGGAAUGCCGAUACAAUCAUGCAACUAUUGGUAGGCUGCAUCCGCCAGCAUGGCUCAGACGAAUUGAUUGACUAUAUGCUGACAUCACAUGUUGGUUGUUGUGGCUCUUAUUUUAAAUGCCCGAGUCUUAGGAAUUUCCACACUUGAACAUAACUUUCUAAUUUCUUUAGAGUAGUUAAGUGAUGCUGUCUAUAUAAAAAUAUGGUUAAUCACGGUCGACUCAGGUAGCGUUCUCGUGAAGCUUUACAAAUUGUACAUGAUUCUAAAUUCGUAUCGCACGUUGUUUCCAUACAAUUGAUUCCAAUAAGUCAUAGAUCGUAUUCGCUGCACGACUUAUCAUGUUACCGUUUUCCUCUUCUAACGACGUCAUACAGGUGUUCUUUUCACUGUUUGCAAUUAUACUAGUUACCGGAAAUCGAAAUGCAACUCAAUGGGACGUUCGACGUGAAGUUAGGUAAAAGUUUUCUAGAUCGAGAUUCAACAUCCUACAUGACCAUGCGUUGUGAUUUCAUGCCCGCUUCUGUCGAUCGUUCACAACCUGGGUCAAUCAAAGUAAACGAGAGCAAAGAAGUUGUUGUUAGCCUGCCCAACGUUACAAACUCUGGACCAGAUACAGCAACUUUGUUUCGUGGAACUGCACGUCCUGUUCAAAAAGAAUGUAUUUUGAUCUACAAUAAAAAGACCCAUGAAUUAACCUUGGAGAGAAUUGCACAUACUGUGCAGCUAAAGAAAACCCGAGAAGAACGAAAAGCUGACACCACUUGUCCGACCAACUCAGAAAUGCCACAGUUCCAGUCCUUGGCUAGCCGCUCAGAACAAGAUUUAAAAUCUGUUCGACCAUCUCCAACCAAAAGAAAAUCUAAUGAUCCCGAGAUAUCGACUUCGAGUUCUAUAGUACAACAGCCAACUCAAAAAAAGCCUCCACAUUCGAGAACGCUAAGUAGUAGUAGCAGCAGUAGUAGUAGUAAUAGUGGUACUUCUAGUAGUAGUUGUGACAUGGAUAUUGAAACAUCGGAGAGUGAUAGUGACAGCUCCUCAGAAAGUGAUUCAAAUUCAUCUACUCUUAGUAGUUUAUCAAAUGACAGAAACAAAACGUCGAAAGCAAAACCAUCUUCAAAUGGAAAAACUAAUACGAAAACGGCCAAUGCAACAAAUUUAGCGGCCCAUCGUAAACUGAUUGAACAUGAUUUAAAAUUAAGUGAUUCUGACUCUGAUUCUUGUGCAUAGAAUGUUCUAGGAAAAAAAGCUGUUUUCUGUGAUUUGUGCUGUAAAUAGUGAUUCUUACUAUAAAAAGACAUUAAAGAAGUAUGUACCACUUUUCCGUAUAUGAUUAUCUCUUAUGAUUGAUUUUAUUUGUCUUUAAAUAAAUACUGCUAUUUACAUGUUCCAUUCUUCCUUGCAAUUAUGUGAAAAUUUCGUUUUAUUCCUUAUCUUUAUAUUCCAUAUAUAACUCAGAUGUUAUGCAGUCAAAUGAUCUUGUGAGAUUUAUUAACUCAUUUAAACCAAUAGCUGUUACACCAAGAUUAUAGUCAGAUCUACCUCUAGUGGUACUAAAUUCUAGUCAUUCUCUUCUCGAGUGUUCGUUCUAGCGGUCUUAUCAUCUCAUGUGGAUUGACUGGAGAAUGUUUCAGAUAGUUUAACCUUAAAGACAGUGAAUAGCAUUGACUUGAUCUGUGAUAUAUUGUUAACAUUUACUACUCUGCCGAUAGAAUUAUAGGACUAUUGAUGUCAUUGCUUUUUCAUGGGUUUUGGAGUAGUUAUCCUUAUUAUUACAAAAACAAUGAAAAUCUAUGUAGAGUGCUUUUCAGUUUUCAAUACUACCAUAAAACCGAUAAGUGUCUUCUUUCUCGAUAAAUCCAUUUAUGUAUUUUCGGCAGAGACAAACUGAAAGCUCUUAACUGGUCAGUUAAUUUGGACAGUAAAUAUUAGAUCAAUCCUCAAACACCAUGUUGACCUUGUAUCUCUGUCUUUCGAUAUAGAACCUAUUCUAUGGGAAUUUUGAUUUUUAAUUUGUUUUCUUUUAAAGAGCGAUUCAGUGAUUUACCUGUAAAGUGAACAGACCAUAUCAUUAGUCGACUCUAGACAGCAAAUUAUUUCCUAUCUUUUUACAUUACUUAAUUGUAAAUUUAUUCUGUACUAAGAUAUGUUGCUUUAUUACUGAUAAUGACUCCGGAUUAGCCACCCAACAAUUUUAGCCAACUAUCUUAGAAUAACAUCAAGAAACAUUGUUUUAUUAACUCAAAUGUUGGUUUAGGAGCUUAACCUUUUAAACCAUCGAAAUCUGGUGUUUAUUGUCCUUCAACUACUGAGUUCCGAGUUAGUGAGUGAGGUGGUAGUCGAUAUGAAAAACAGGGAUAUGAUUUAUCCAAUGAAUACAUUUCAAGUAAUUUGAUUAUACAUUUACUAGUCAAGACAUUCCCUGUGAAAACUGAGGAAGGUCAAAUAGAUAAAUAAUGAUGUCUGGAAAUUUAAGAGACAGUUUGAAGUGUAGAUCGUAUCUGAGCAUUCAUUUCACUCAACUGUUCUAGAAAACUAAUAGACUUUCAAUAUUAAUUGAUUUUCUUGAACUAAAUUCUGUCUUAUAUUGUAUUUUUACAUGGACAUUCUUCUUAGCAGAAAAACUAGGAUUAGUUUGGGGAUUUUCCUAUAGGUCGAUUUGAUUUUUAAUCUGUAUUUGUGCGUAUUGCUGAGCGAUUCUACACUAGGAUGGAGCAGUUGUCCAGUGCUUCCCGGUUUUCAGUAGUGCCCCAAAUGAGAUGAAUACAACCUAAGGAUUUAGAGAUAUUUACAAAUUUAAACAAAGCAAGAACAGAGUUCGUAGAGAAAAAUCUAUUGUAUUUUGAGUUUUCUCACCAUUUGCUAACAACCUGAAAUUACAAGAGGCGAUAUACUUAUUAAUUGUCACAAAUUAAUUUGUUUUUAGUGUUAAUUGUGUAGUCGUUCAUCAUUCCUGUUUUGAUUAUUAGUAAUCGUAAUAUCACCUCUACAACUGUUCUGCAACGUAUGUACGCGUCAAUUUCAACUAUGUUUAAUAACAUAUGUUACUUAUCAUGGUUUUCAGUUCCUUUAUAACUAUUCAUUUCAGUUUCAAUUACUAAAGUCUGUACGUUUGCUUAUUAUUAUACUGCUCCUUUUCAGUUUAGACUGUUCAUAGUUGUUAAUAAAAGGCUUCGAAAUGCAAUUAGUUCAUUUUAUUCUACAAAUUUUGUUGUUUUCACAUUGUUUAAAUUUAUCAAAAAGGGCAAACAGAUAAAAUUACCUAAGUGCUCCAUUGGAAUUAUUAUUUAAUGUUCUCUGAAUUAUAAAUUCUAUGCUAACUAAAGGUUAUUCAUGUUUUACCGUCCAACUAUUUAGUUUAAUCAAAUCUUUGAAAUUUUUCAAACCAUUAAUUUCUAUAAGAUUUGUUGAGUUGUGUUUUUUUCUUUCCUAUCAUUUUUUAGGGUACAUUUCUGUGUGUAAAAUGAACUAUCAGCUAAAUUAUUAUACCCUGUGAACUCAACCAACUUUCACCGAUUCUUCUCUAUCCAACUCAAAAAAAAUUUAUUGUUUUAAUGGUUAUAGUUCAGUAUAUUGUAUUACGCCGUGAUUUGUCAACGGUAUUAAAUUGGCCAUUAGGUGCAUUAAUUGCACAAGGUUGUCAUGCCGCUACAGCAGCCAUUACUACUUACUAUACACAUUCAGAUACAGUGUUAUAUCUAAACGAACUAAAUAGAAUGCAUAAAAUUGUUUUAGGAGUUGAGAAUGCGGAACAACUGGAAAAUUUGGCAGAUAAAUUAAAAGAUGCCGGUAUUGAUUAUUAUUUGUGGAUAGAACAACCGGAAGAUCUAUGCACAGCAUUAGCUACACGCCCAUACGAGAAAUCAAUUAUUCAGGUUUAUUUUAAAGGACUUAAAUUAUUAUCAUGAACUAAUAUAAAUAACGUUGUGUCAUAGUGUUGUUUUGUAGAAUUUGUGAAUGCAAUUGUCGAAAAAAAUCUUUGUUUUUGUUAAAAUAAACAAAAGAAGGCACUUCUUUUACAUUAUUAUUGACAACUUAGUCGUUUAAUUCGGCAUAUUUUUUUCUGACGAUAGUUUGUAGCUUUUAGUUCUUUUGAUUGGAUUGUUUAACUUUAACGGUUAGUCAAUAGAUUCUUAAUCAUUUCUUUAUACGUUCAAAUAACAUACACCCAGUUUUAUUUAUGGCAUACUUUGGACGUGUGGACUGUUGAUAAUUGAAUUUUCUUUAGACAAUGUGUCAUGUAUUUCAAUUUGAGAUUCUUUUUCGAUGUAUUAUUAGGUUUUCACAAAUAGGUAGUGAUUCUUAGUUCACAUUAUGGAGGUACAAACAGUUUUUAUAGUAGGAGUUUCCCCAUAG